UGCCGCCGAUCACUCCUCGAGAGCCCGUCGUACCACCAGCUAGCGGGACAGCGUCUGCACCGCUUAAUUAGAUCCGUGGGCCGCCAACCGGUUCUCCUCCCGAGCCGCAGUCGGCGACCGGCGACCGUCGGUGUCGGGAAGGGAAGAUCGCCGCCUAUCGACGAUGAGCGACUCCGCCUCACCCCCAGCACCGAAGGGGGGCAUCUUCACCGGGUUCACCAAGCUAUGCAAGGGCCUCGCUGUCGUCCUGUUCCUCGGCCACGUUUCGAUCCAGAUGUUCCCUUCAGCUGCCACCUAUCUUGCCCUCAUCCCCGCCAGGACGAUCCCAUUUGGUUGGAACCUCGUGACAGCUGGUUAUGUUGAGCAAACAAUUCCAGGGGUCAUUGUGAGCAUAGUUGGUCUUCUUUUAUUUGGGAAGUUAUUGGAGCCUUUAUGGGGUGCCAAGGAGUUGCUACAGUUCAUUUUCAUUGUCAACAUUUCGACUUCAUUCUGCGUCUUUGUAACUGCUGUCAUUUUGUACUACCUAACACAGCAGGAGAUCUACCUUUACACACCUCUUUCUGGAUUCUAUGGAGUACUUUCAGGAUUCCUGGUGGGCAUCAAGCAAAUUAUACCUGAUCAGGAACUUGAUCUUUUUCUGCUGAAGAUAAAAGCAAAGUGGAUUCCGUCUCUUGUUGCAUUUAUCUCGGUUUCUGUAAGCUUCUUCCUAAAGGAGUCAAUGUUUUACCUUCCAAUCGUACUGUUUGGCAUCUACACGAGUUGGAUUUACCUGCGUUACUACCAAAAGAGGCUGGAAGCAGGCCUAAAAGGGGACCCAAGUGAUGAGUUCGCAUUCUCAAGCUUCUUCCCUGAAUUUUUGAGGCCAAUUUUGGACCCAAUAGCUUCCAUUUCUUAUAAGCUUCUUUGUGGACGAUCUGAAGCCAAAGAUGCAUUGGAUGAACUAUUGCCUGGCUCAGACUCCAUUAUGGCAAACCGGAGGAGAGAAAGGGGUCAGAGGGCAUUGGAGCAAAGGUUGGCGGAAAAGCUGGCCGCGAUCAAGAGCUCUGAGGUCGCGCCCCUGCAGGAAGAUGCUUCUACUAAAGUCUGAGGCAUUCCACCUGUAUUCGCGGUUGGUGCAGCUUUAUCCUGGAGAUUCUUUUAUGGGUUGGUGAACUGGUGUAUCAAAUCUCAUGCUUUCUUCUCUUUUGCUGACUCACAUGCAAUCGCAUUGUGUAGCGAGCCAUAUCUUGCAAUUUUUUCUACUGGACUAUUAGUUGUCCUGUAGACUGUAGAGUAAUGAAAAACUUUAGCUAGUGAUGUUAUAUCUUCCUUGACGGAAGAAGCUGUUUUUUACUUGGCAUUCCCUUUUGGGGUGCUUGAGAAGUUGAUAGAACCAAUUGUUGCAAAACAGCUAACAGUUGUGUCCAAAUGUUCCUUCUCUUCAGUUCAGAAAC